AUGAUUCUCUUGUACUCAUUUUCUAAAAUCGAAUUGCAUGCACAAUGUACUCAUAAUGCACAUGUAAUUCGAUCCAAAGUCAAUUUCUCUUUGUCUGAUGAUGAUUCAGAUAAGAAAACUCCGGUUACUAAAGAUUCUGGCAAGCCGGAGCUUCCGCCUCCUUAUGACCCUUUCAGUAAGACACCGGCGAUUGAGGUACCAGAGGAUCCUAAGAAUCUCCAAGAUAUAUUCCACAAGAUGAGAACUGAGGGUUUUACUAAUGAAGCUAUGAAAAUGUUUGAUGCGCUCAAAGUUUUCAUGCGGCUCGCAGGGGAUGCAAGAACACUUAAGGAUGCGAAGAAUUACUCGUUGGAAAUGAUGGGAAUUGGCAUGAGCCAUAAUGCUGCCACUUACAGUCCAGUGUUUGAAGGCCGAAAGGAGAUUGAUCGCUUGAAAGAAUAA